AUGGCGAAAGCCUUAUUCGUCACUUAUUUGCUUGCUUUAUCAAUUGGUCCAACGAUUGGUUAUGCACAGGAAUGUGCUGUUGGACCUGAAUAUUGGUGUAAAUCAUUCCAAAAUGCACAAGAUUGUGGUGGAUUACAACAUUGCACUGAUACAGUUUGGAAUCAUGAUCAGAAAUAUGAAUUAGUUGCUUCGUCAACAGCAUGCCAAUGGUGUCAAAAAAUAUUUGAAAAUACUCAUAAAGGAUUUGAAGAAUUAGAUGAUAGUGACGAUGCUAUUAUAUUCACAUUGAAUAGUGAAUGUAAAUCAUUAUUACCAAAUGAUUUUAUAACAAAAUGUACGAAUAUUAUUGAAAAUUAUGGAACAUCAGUUAUAUCAUUAAUGAAAAAUCAACGGUAUGCAACAUUAUGUCAUUUGAUGGAUAUUUGUAGUAGUGAACCGGUUACUGAAACACCACCGGUAAUUCUUGGACGUAAUCAUUGUACAUGGGGUCCAUCAUAUUGGUGUUCAUCAUUGAGUAAUACACGUGAAUGUAAUUCAAUUGAUCAUUGUUCGGAACGAGUUUGGUCACAACAAGCUAUUAAAAAAAACGAAAAUGAUAAUGUUUGUCAAUAUUGUGAAUAUAUUGUCACAAAAUUACGUACUAUUAUAAAGGAAAACAAAACAGAAGUUGAUGUCGAAAAAUGGUUAUCUGAAGCUUGUUUAAUGUUAAAAACACAAGAAAUAAUUGAUGAAUGUGUACAAACGAUGAGUAAAUAUGCAAAAGAAAUUAUUGUUUUAAUUAAUAACAAUAUUGAUCCGGGUAUAAUUUGUCAUUUGGGACAAAUGUGUAAAGAUGCAACAAUUAUACAACGAGUACUUAUUGAUGAUGGAGAAAUAAAACCAGUAGCUUUCGAUGAACAAUCAAAAAUAUUAUGUAACGUUAUUGUUCGUGCUACACAUGAUCUUUAUAUGAAUCAUCAAAAAAGUCAAAGUGAUAUUCAAACAUUUUUAAAAGAUGAUUGUGAACAAUUAUCAACUUUUGAACUUAAACAAAAGUGUGAACAUUUAGUUGAUCAAUAUGGUAAUAAUAUUUAUCUUUAUGUAGCUAAGAAUAUGGAAUUAUCAAAAGUCUGUGAUAAUAUUGAUUUUUCUACUUAUCGUACUACUACUACUACUACUCCAUCUUCUUCUCCUGUUCAAUGUGAUCAAUGUACAUUCGUUUUAGCAGCAACUAAACAAAUGUUAGAAGCGAAAGAUUCUGAUGACAAAAUUUUUACCUAUAUUGAUGAACAAUUAUGUUCACAUUGGGAUGGUGAAAUACAGAAAAAUUGUAAAUCUGUUAUAGAAGAAAAUGGACAAGAUUUGAUUGAUAAUAUUCGAAGUGGAACACAACCAAUACUUGUAUGUACUUAUUUUAAAGUUUGUCUGAAUAAAAUAACUGAUCAAACAAGUCCAAUACAAAAAGAUGAAAUGCGUUCAUUUUUCGAAAAAAAUAUUUGUGAUCAUCUUGGACCAUUUGAAGAUUCGUGCAAUGCAUUAAUGGAAAAAGAUACUACACUUCUUUUGAACACACUUGUUAAUAAUAUGGAAGGUGAAGUUCUUUGUGAAAUGUUUGGAAUAUGUUCAACGAAAAUAUCAUUUAUAGAUAAUUUAUCAAUUGGUGAUGAUAAAGAUAAAUGUAAACGAUGUAUUAAUGAUUUUACACGACGCAAACAUAUAGCUGAAAAACUUUUAAAUCAUUCAUCGGAAUUUCUUCAUCAUCUUUGUGGACAAUUACCUCAACCAGAUGAAUGUACGAAAGCUGUUGAUGAUUCAAUUAAUAAUCUUGUUCAAUUUAUUCAAUCAUUGAAUCCACAAGAUAUUUGUGUCGAAUUAAAAAUGUGUAAUGAGACAUUAUUAGAAGAAAUAGAACCACUUCAAAUAACUGCAUCGGAUAAUAUCAUAAGUCAAGAAAUUAUGAUUUAUAUUAAAAAUGAAAUUUGUGCUAGAAUUGGACCAUUAUCAAACUUGUGUAUUAAUUUGGUAGAUUCUGAAGGUGCAAGUCUUUUUGCUCGUAUUGCUAAAUAUAUAGAUCCACAUCAAGUCUGUAGUGUGAUUGAUGCAUGUCCGACUACUGUUGCAUUUGAAAAUUGUAAUGAUAAAUGUGAAUGUUGUAUGAGUAAAAUUGAAAAUUAUCAAGUAAAAUUAGCUUCAUUUUUGCAAACAAUGGUGACGACUACAAAUGCUAUAUGUGAGCGUAUACCAAACUCGGAGAAUUGUCGUGAAGUCGCUGCUGAGUUUAAAUCGACUAUUGAUAAAACAAUUAACGGCUUUAAUGCCAAACGAAUUUGUCAAUUAUUAAGUCAUUGUUCAGCAGCUCCUGCGGAAUGUACCAUGGAUAGUGACAAAUGUCAAUGUUGUCAAAAUCAAAUAAAUUUUCGUCAAAAUAAUUUUCGUAUAGUAAUCAAUGAAUUAGCAACAAUUGUAGCUUCUUCAUGUAACGAUCAUGGUUGUCAUUCGGUUAUUCAAUCAACUAGUCAAGAAGUAUUAAAUCAAAUAAAUCAAAUUGAUUCUUCAGUAUUUUGUCAACAUUUUGGUCUUUGUUCAUCUAUAUCUUCAUCACGAUCAAUACCAUAUCUUUCUAAAUUAAUGACGACGUUUUAUCUUAAUUUUGGAUCAUCGAUUGAAAAAUUCUCUGAUAAUCUUUGUUUGAAAUUUGGAGAUUUAAAAUCUAUAUGUGAACAUAUAAUGGCAUCAACAGAAAGUGAUCAUUAUGUUAAAAUUUAUAUGGCCUUUUUAAAAAAUAAUCCAAAAUUAAUUGAUGAUGAUUUACGUAAACAAAAAACAGAUGCUUGUGAUCAAUGUAAAAAUGCUACUCAAUCAUCAAAAGAUUAUCUUAUGAAUGAAUUAGAAACAGUUCGUGAUAUUCUACUUAAAACCUGUGACAUAUGUUCAGCGAAAGAGAAAUGUCAAAAUGUUUUUAAUCAACGUUUUGAUGAGCUUAAAUCUUAUUUAGAUAAUAUUAAUCCUGAACAAUUUUGUCAAUCAAUUCAUCUUUGUUCAAUAUCUUUAAAUAGUAAAUGUUCAACAUGUAUUGAACGUUUACAAUUAAGAAAAGAUGGAAUUUUACAAGCCAUUGAUCGACUUACUGGAUAUUUCAAUGAUCUUUGUCAACAACAUGCUAGUAAACAAUGUCAAAUAUAUAUUCAACAAAUGCAUGAUUUAAUUCAAAUAUCAUUUGAAGAAUUUGAUCCAAAAGAAACUUGUAAUGUAAUUGGAUUUUGUACAACAGACAAUAUUGAAAAUGAUAUGGAUUUUGAUAAAUAUGAAAAACAUUUAGAAAAGAAAAUGGAUGAAAAUAUUUGUUCAACUCUUGGUCCAUUUGAAACGUUAUGUAAAAGUGUUGUUCAUGGAGAUACAGAACAAAUUCAAAAAUUAAAGAUUAAUUAUGAUAUUAAAGAUUUAAUGAAAAUUGAUGAAGAAUUAACAGAAAAUUUAUCCAAUUCAGAAGAUCAUGAUGAGUUCGAACUAGACAAAUGCAAACAUUGUAUUUUUCGAAUAAUUCGAAGGAAACGACAUAUUAAAUUUAUAGGUGACAAAGUUUUUAUUGCUUUAAUUCAUUCAUGUAAAAAAUGCCCGGCUAAACAUCAAUGUCGUCGACAUUGGCGAAUGGCUAAAUUACGAUUUGAUUCACGUAUCGAUCAUAUUUGUCCAAAACGAGUUUGUACUCACCUUGGUUUUUGUAAUAAAUCAUCAUUAUGUAAUAAUAUGGGAGGUUUUCAAGAAAUAUGUCAAAAAUCCAUUGAAUCAAGUGAAUCAGAAGUUGAAGAAAUAAAACAAAUUGAUGACUCAAAUUCGACAUGUAUUCUUUGUGAAUAUGUAAUGAAUAUUCUUUCAAAUUAUAUUAAUCGUCAAUCAACUGAAGAAGAAAUCGAAGAAAAUUUGCAAAAAAUUUGUAAUUUAAUGCCAUCAAUAUUACAAAAUCAAUGUCAUGAUUAUAUUGAUAAUUAUGGCCCAUCAAUAAUUGCAACUCUUCUUCAAGAAUUUGACCUUUCAACAAUUUGUCACAAACUUAAUUUAUGUACAAAUCAAAUGAAAUUUGAUAUUACGCAUAUAACAAAAGCAAAUACGUCAACAUGUGGUAUUUGUGAUUAUAUAUCAACAUAUCUACAUUUUGCACUUAAACGUGAUUCACAUGAAAAAUCUCUUCAACAUGCUUUGUCAACUGUUUGUUCACAUUUAUUAACUGAUGUAGAAUAUUCAAAAUGUCAAACAAUAGUUCUCUUAUUUUCACCAAAUAUUAAAGAAUUAGAAUUGAGCCCAGGAAAUAAUUUUUGUAAACAAUUAACGAUAUGUCAAACACCAAUGAUUGAACUACAACCAGCAAUACCAAUCACAAACGAAGAUAAAACCGUUAAAAUCGAUUCGGCUGAAGAAUCUGAUUUUGUUGAAGUAUUAGUAAAUAACGAACAAAAAGAUCCUUUAAUUGCUGAAAAUUUAAGUUUAACGCCACAAUGUACAUUAUGUCACUAUGUUAUUUCAUAUUUGGAUGCGGCUUUAAAAAAUAAUAAAUCAGAAGAAGCUAUUGAAGAAGCAUUAAAAAAAGUAUGCACUAUUUUACCGAGUAAAGAACGUACCGAAUGUGAUGAACUUAUCAAAACUUAUGGACCUGUUCUUGCAGAACUUAUUGCUGAAUCGGUCGAUCCAGAUACAGCUUGUCGUUAUCUUGGGAUGUGCCAAGAUUCUGUAACCAAGAAAUCGACAACAACAACAACAGCAAAAACAACAACAACUCCAGCAUCAACGAGAUACGCUAAAUGCAUAUUUGGCAUGAAAUAUUGGUGUACAAGUCGUGAAAAUGCUCAAUUGUGCAAUGCUGUUGAAUUCUGCGAACGUCAAGUUUGGUCGAAAGAGAACAUUGUGAUUGACUAA